AUGCGAGCAGCAGCGGCCGCCCGAGCGGGGCCCGCUCCUCCGCCGCCCGAGGGGAACGCGAGACGACGCCCGCGCAAUGCUGGAGGAGCCGGAAUAGCUAAGAAACUGGUCAGAGGCUCUGCAGAGAAGAACAAGAUGAAACUGCAAAGGGAUGAGCAGCGUCUGUGGAGGCAGCUGAAGCUCCGGGCCGAGGAGGAGGAGAAGGAGAAGCUGAGGGAGGAGGCCGAGAGGGCCAAGGAGGAGGCCAGGAAGAAGAGGGAGGAGGAGAAGGAGCUGAAGGAGAAGGAGCGGCGGGAGAAGCGGGAGAAGGAUGAGGAGAAGGCGGAGAAGCAGCGGCGCAAGGAGGAGAGACGCAAGGAGCGCCAGGAGGCUUUGGAGGCAAAGCUGGAGGAGAAGCGGAAAAAAGAAGAGGAGAAACGGUUGGGAGAAGAAGAGAAGCGCAUUAAAGCCGAGAAGGCCGAAAUCACGAGGUUCUUCCAGAAACCAAAGACUCCACAGGCCCCCAAGACCCUGGCCGGUUCCUGUGGGAAGUUUGCUCCUUUCAAAAUCAAAGAGCACAUGGUCCUUGCCCCUCGAUGCCGGACUGCCUUUGAUCAAGACCUCUGUGACCAGCUUGACCAGCUUCUCCAGCAGCAGAGCAGCGAGUUUUCCUUCCUGCAAGAUCUGAAAAGCCGGUGGCAGCUCAGAUCUGGGCCCGCUGUGCUGUCUAACCGGAGCACAGACCUCCUUAACAGCGAUGUGGUGAUUGUGGAGAGCAGCAAAGUGGACGGCGUUCCUGAGCGGAGAAAGUUUGGCAGGAUGAAGUUCCUGCAGUUCUCUGAGAACCACCGGCCAGCCUACUGGGGCACGUGGAACAAGAAGGCGACAGUCAUCCACCCAAGGGACCCCUGGGCCCAGGACAGGGACCUCCUUGACUACGAGGUGGACAGCGACCAGGAGCGGGAAGAGGAGGAGCCGGGAGAGUCCCUCUCCCACAGCGAAGGGGACGAUGACGAUGACGUGGGAGAGGAUGAGGAUGAUGGUUUCUUCGUACCCCACGGGUACCUGGCUGAGGAUGAAGGAGUAACCGAGGAGUGUGCCGACCCGGAAAGUCACAAGGUGCGCCAGAAACUGAAGGCCAAGGAGUGGGAUGAGUUUCUGGCCAAGGGAAAGAGGUUCCGCAUUCUCCAGCCUGUGAAGAUCGGCUGCAUCUGGGCGGCCGGCAAGGACGGCGGUGCCGACCUGAAGGUGCUGCAACAGUUCACGGCCUGCCUGCUGGAGACUGUGCCCCCCGAGGAAGAGCAGACGCCCAAGGCCUCAAAGAGAGAGAAGAGGGACCAGCAGAUCCUGGCCCAGCUGCUCCCACUGCUGCACGGGAACGUGAAUGGGAGCAAGGUGAUCAUUCGGGAGGUCCAGGAGUGCUGCUGCCGAGGACUGCUCAGCAGGGACGCCGGCAGCCCGGAGCACAGUGCCGCCAGCCCCCCGAGCCCCGGCGCUGCCCGCCCGCAGACCCCUACCGCCGGCGAGGACACAGCCGUGCCCUCCAAGGCGAGGCUCAAGCGGAUUAUUUCUGAGAACUCGGUGUACGAGAAGAGGCCCGACUUCAGGAUGUGCUGGUACGUCCACCCACAGGUGCUGAAGAGCUUCGCCCAGAAGCACCUGCCUGUGUCCUCGGCCACCAGGGAGGACAGUGGCAGCGUUCCCGCCCCGGGGCCCGGCCAGGGUAUGCCCGUCUCACUCAAGAGGAUGUCGGCGGGUAGCAUGUGCAUCACCCAGUUCAUGAAAAAGCGCCAGCACGACGGGCAGGUUGGCACUGGAGACCUGGACGGCUUCCAGGCGGACACAGAGGAGGAGGACGACGAGGAAGGCGACUGUGUGCUCAUGGACAUCUCUGAUGUUGGGGACAUCCAGGCCCCAUGUGGAACCACUUCCGGAGCUGGGGGGUCAGUGGGGAUGGACACCAGUGAGAGCCUCGUGGCCCCCAGCUCGCGUGGCCCGUCCUGAGCUGCCCAAGUGGCCCGUGUAUGUAUGUAGAAUGGUUAGGGUAUUCUCGACGCCUCUCAGAUACUUGAAAGUCCUGACUCCUGUGUAAAGAGCACUUUGUCCUGCUUGGCAGACCUCCCUGGAGGUUUGGAAAGUUUUAUAUAGGAUACUUGGUUAGUUCAUUUUGAUAUUUGUAAAAAAUUUCCCCCCAAAGCUACAUAUUAAUCUGCCAUUUAAUAAAGCAUUAUU